CAUCCUUCUUUAGCUUAUUGUCCUUGAAAAUGGAACCACAAAGCAUACGUUUUUCAUUCAGCAAUGUGGUGUCUCUACUUUGGUGUGCCAGCUUGUUGCUGUUAGGAUGGUUUCCAGCCACUGUUGCUAGAACCACGUAUGAUGACAAUGAGAGUGAUCUCAAAGCAAUGCUUGCCAUUAAGUCACAAAUCAAACAUGAUCCAUUUGGUGUCACGAGGUCAUGGAACAGAUCUGUGACCCUGUGCCAGUGGCCGGGUAUAACUUGUGGGCGUAGGCAUCGAAGGAUCACCAAGUUGGACUUAAGCCAGCAACGGUUGGGAGGCACCUUAUCUCCCUAUGUGGGGAACCUCAGCUUCCUUAGGUUCAUCAACCUUAAGGACAACAAUUUCAAUGGUGUCAUCCCCCCUGAAAUUGGUCGACUUCCAAGGCUGCAAAGUUUGAUUUUGCAUAACAAUUCCUUAACAGGAACAAUACCACCCAAUUUGACCCAUUGUUCUAACCUCAUUCAGUUCAAAGCUUCCCGAAACAACCUGGUUGGAAAUAUCCCGUCGGAGCUUGGCAAUUUGUCGAAGCUCGAAGAGCUGAACAUUGCUUACAACAAUUUAACAGGACAACUGCCAACUUCCCUUGGGGAUGCUUCUUCUCUCCAAGAAAUCAGCUUUAAAUGGAACAGUUUGGAAGGAAGACUGCCACAUACAUUAGGCCUUCUAAAGAAGUUAGCUUGGCUUGAACUAAAUGGUAACAACUUCUCUGGUUUCAUUCCUCCUUCGUUUUGCAACAUGUCUUGUUUGGAUUCCUUAGCUCUAGGACACAACCAACUCUCUGGAAUUCUCCCAGUUAACUUAGGCUCGAAUUUACCAAACCUGCGAGGAAUUUACAUAGGAUCUAACAAUCUUAGUGGAACUUUACCAGAGUCAUUAUCCAAUGCUUCAAAGCUGGAGACGUUAGAAAUCUCCAAUAAUCAUUUCAGUAACAAGGUGUCCAUUGAUUUCCGAAACACUCAAAAUUUGUCAUGGUUAAAUAUGCAAAACAAUAGUCUGGGAAUUGGCGGUGCCGGCGAUUUAGAGUUUAUAACCACCUUAACCAAUUGUAGUAGAUUGCAAAUGGUUAGCUUAUUAAGCAAUCAGUUUGGUGGUUUGCUACCUAAUUCCAUAACCAACCUGUCGAUAACACUUGGAUAUUUAUACCUUGGGGAUAAUAAAAUAACUGGCAAAAUACCUUUGGGAAUAACAAACCUUGUAAAUUUAUGGGGACUUGGUUUGGAGUACAACUACCUUAGAGGCACCAUUCCUGAGUCAAUUGGUAAGCUUAAAAACUUGCAAGGGAUGUCAUUAGGUGGCAAUGCUUUAACAGGGAGAAUCCCAACCUCUAUAGGAAAUCUUUCACAGCUAAGCGAGAUUGGUUUGGAAGAAAACCUGUUGGAGGGUAGCAUACCUGCUGAGUUGGGAAAAUGUCAAAAUGUAAUGAAGAUGGCAUUACAUACAAAUAGGCUAACAGGUGAGGUUCCAAAAGAGAUCUUUAGCAUAGCAUCACUGUCAGUUUUCCUUGAGCUGUCCAGAAACCUUCUAACAGGCUCCAUUCCUUUAGAUGUGGGAUACCUGAAAUCUUUGGUAGAUUUGGAUUUGUCUGAAAACAAAUUUUCUGGCCAAAUUCCUGCUGCUCUGAGUAGUUGUACAAGCUUAGAGGGUCUAUAUUUGGGGAGUAAUAAUUUUUAUGGAAGUAUCCCAGCUUCUUUGAGCUCCUUGAGAGGCAUUCAAGAGCUAGACCUUUCAAACAACAAUUUGUCAGGUCAAGUUCCUGAGUACCUUGCCAAGUUAUCCUUCUUAACUUUCCUGAAUCUCUCAUACAAUCAGUUUGAAGGACAAGUGCCAACAAAAGGAGUUUUCAGUAAUGCAUCAACCAUUGCACUAACUGGGAAUGACAAGCUUUGUGGGGGAAUUGCUGAAUUGCAUCUUCCACUAUGCCAUUUCCUCCCGUCCAAGCAACACAAAACAAGUGAUCCCCUCAAACUAAUCUUGAUUGUUUGUGGGGUUAUUGGAAUUCUUAUGUUGUCCAUCCUUUUCUUGUGGUUAAGGAAAAGAGGAGCGAAAACCGAGCUCUCCUCGGCUGUUCCUUUGGGAACUGCUUCGAUUUUGAUGGUUUCUUUUCAACAACUCCUAAAAGCUACGGAUGGGUUCUCCCCAGCAAACUUGAUUGGCCAAGGAAGCUUUGGGCGUGUGUACCGAGGUGUUUUGGACCGAAACCAAGAGCGAAAUGUAAUUGCAGUGAAGGUGAUGAACCUACAAGAACAAGGUGCUUCCAGGAGUUUCCUCACGGAAUGUAAAACCUUGGGAAAUAUAAGACAUCGAAAUCUUGUUAAGAUAAUAUCCGCAUGCUCCAGUAUUGAUUUCCAAGGCAAUCCUUUCAAAGCCCUUAUCUAUGAGUUCAUGCCUAAUGGGAGCUUAGAGGGAUGGCUGCAUGAUGCACCAAAUGAAACAAAUACCAUCCAACCAAAGAUGUUAAACUUUGCUCAGAGAUUAAACAUUGCAAUUGAGGUGGCCUCAGCACUUGAUUACCUCCAUCAUCACUGCGUGGUGCCUCUUCUUCACUGUGAUUUGAAGCCAAGCAAUAUUCUACUUGACCACGACAUGGUUGCAAAUGUUGGAGAUUUUGGACUAGCCAGGUUUUUCCCAAAAUCCAUGAACAAAUUUUCUGGAAAUUCUACCAGCACUGUUGGCUUAAAAGGAACUGUUGGCUACGCUGCACCAGAGUAUGGCAUUGGAAUGGAGCCAACAACAAGUGGAGACAUGUACAGCUUUGGGAUUCUCCUGUUGGAAAUGUUCACUCGGAAGAGACCUAUUGACGAGACGUUCAAAGAUGGACAAACACUUCAUCUUUUCGUGAAGACGGCAUUGCCCGAUCGAGUACUUGAUGUUGUUGAUCCCUUACUUCUAGCUGGGGAUAACAACCGCCAACAGGAGGCAAGCAGCAGCAGAAACCCAAGGAGAGCAACCAUGGAAUCCACAAAAAUGAAAGAGUGCCUCAUUUCCAUCUUCAAUGUUGGAAUUGCUUCAUCUGUUGAAUCAUCUAAAGACAGGAUGGACAUUGUGGAUGCAGCCAAGGAACUGCAUUUCAUUCGGAACAAAUUUUUAGGGACCGGUAUUCCAACACCAAGAGAAACACGUGUUUAGAACAUAUGGAGUUUGGUUAUCUUUGUCGUUUGAGCGGGGUGUGCGUCUUUUAUCUAAGGAACUUAAGGCUUUAAAUGUGGGUUUAGAUAUGUUGAAAUUAGUGGUGAUUAUAUAGGUUUUUGAAAGCAACUUCUACUGUAUUCUAAGGUGUUUAGAUAUGUAGAAAGAUUUGGUUCUUAAAACGAGUUAAAACGAAGGUUGAGUAUUUUUAAACUCUUUCUUGAAAAUUGUUCCAAAGUUGAAUAAAGGCUUACGGUGUUUUAACCAUAAAAUC